AUGUUCCAGCUGCCCAUCCUCAACUUCAGCCCUCAGCAAGUGGCCGGGGUGUGCGAGACCCUGGAGGAGAGCGGCGACGUGGAGCGCCUUGGGCGCUUCCUGUGGUCGUUGCCGGUGGCGCCGGCGGCUUGCGAGGCUCUUAACCGCAACGAGUCGGUGCUGCGCGCGCGCGCCAUCGUGGCCUUCCACGCGGGCAACUACCGCGAGCUGUACCACAUCCUGGAGAACCACAAGUUCCCUAAGGAGUCGCACGCCAAGCUGCAGGCGCUGUGGCUCGAGGCGCACUACCAGGAGGCCGAGAAGCUGCGCGGCCGCCCGCUGGGGCCGGUGGACAAGUACCGUGUGCGCAAGAAGUUCCCGCUGCCGCGCACCAUUUGGGACGGCGAGCAGAAGACGCACUGCUUCAAGGAGCGCACGCGGCACCUGCUGCGAGAGUGGUACCUGCAGGACCCUUACCCAAACCCCAGCAAAAAGCGAGAGCUGGCCCAAGCCACCGGACUCACCCCCACGCAGGUGGGCAACUGGUUCAAAAACCGCAGGCAAAGGGACAGGGCCGCCGCCGCCAAGAACAGGCUCCAGCAGCAAGUCUUGUCCUCGCAAGGCGCAGGGCGGUCGCUGCCGUCGGAGGAGGAGAGCGCCGGAGAACCCCUCCUGGGCGCCGCCGCCAGCCCCGCCGCCAGCCUGUCCAGCAAAGCCGCCGCCUCCUCGGCCAUCUCCAUCACUUCCAGCGACAGCGAAUGUGAUCUCUGA